GGUGGAGAGGACUGAAAGGGGAAGUUCACGUGCUGUACAUUUAAACUUAACGGAUCUAAAUACAGCCCUCUGCUAUGAUUUCUCAAGUUAUUUCUAUUCAGUUAGAAAGUGAAAGAACAACAGAGUAGUGGACAUAUUUCUGUUCCUAGAAAAAGAGCAGGAGAGCAGUUUGCAGGCUGUGGGAGAACUUGUUGAGGAAAAGUUGACGCCUCUUCAUCCCUGAGAACCCUCUCCCACAGCUGUCCCCCUUAAUCUCACUGCCAAAUAUCCCUUCAAACAUCUGGAAUGGACGACCAGAAUGCACAAUCCACUAGCAAAGACAAUACUCGGGGACCUUAUUUUGAAGCCAUAGUUGGAGUUGUCAUUACGGCAGUGGUUCUGGUCCUGCUCCUCCUCCUGGCCGUCAUUCUGCGAUACAUGUACCAGCACAAGGGCACAUAUCAUACCAAUGAGGCCAAGGGCACAGAGUUUGCAGAGACAGCAGAUGCUGCCCUUCGCAGAGACCCGGCCCUGCAGGACGCCGUGGAUGAAAGCAAGAAAGAGUAUUUCAUAUGAGACCAUAAACAACCCUUUAUACGUGCUAUAUAACAAACUGCUAUGCAGGCUCACAUGAUGCCUUAAUACUGUUUGCUGGAGCAGUGACGUGGAGCUGACUGAGCUUCUGCAAACACAAACAAACAAGAGUGAUAUGAAAUUCCUCUAUAUGUCAAUACUGGAGAGUGAUUUCAUUUAUUUCCAUCAGAUAAACAGGAAAUGUUUGAGUUAUACGUAGAACAAUAUGCCAAACUCUUUGUAUUCAAAGCCGGCUGUCUGUACAAACAUCAGCUGAGGGGAAUGUGAUGGUGUUCAGGUGAAGAGAAGGACAUUUAUAGGACUUAUUAAACAGUAUAUGAUGGUGAAUGGCAAGACGAAAAAAAAAAAACAGUCUACAAGCUUUUAUUGACAAACUAGGAAGUCAGGGAAGGUUGGUUUUUGAAGUUUGCCAAUUACAAUUUCUUACAUAUAACUUACAUCCUAAAAUAUUCUUUUAAAAAUGCCUCUCAGAGCCAAUCUUAUACAUUUUAUAAACAACAUAUUUACUUUAGAAAAGAAAAUGACCAGCUUUGUUCGUUUUUUUUUUGUUUGUUUUUUUCGUAUAGAUUUAUUUACUCCCAAAGGGAAAUUCACAUGUCACAGCAGAGCUCACCAUACAAUGAAAUAAAUAAAUAAAAAUAGGGAAAAAACACACAUCCAUAUUGCACCCCUUGUUUCAAGCAACGAGUAGACACUAGUCCAUGUCUAUCAAUACAGUUUCAGUUAUCAAUUUACAUUUUAGGUGACGCGGUGACGCAGUAGGUAGUGCUGAGCCUCACAGCAAGAAAGUCGCUGGUUUGAGCCAUGGCUGGGUCAGUUGCCAUUUCUGUGUGGAGUUUGCAUGUUCUCCCCGCGUUCCCCUGGGUUUCCUCUGGGUGCUCCGGUUUCCCCCACAAGUCCAAAGACAUGUGGUGCAGGUGAAUUGGGUAUGCUAAAAUUCUGUAGUGUAUGUGUGUUCCCCAGAGAUGGGUUGCAGCUGGAAGGGCAUCCGCUGUGUAAAACAUACGCUGGAUAAGUUGGCGGUUCAUUCCGA